CAAUGUCAUACACAGACUUAUGUCGUUAGUCUCAGCAAUAUUCGAGAAUGUCCCUUCAUAUUCCCAGUACACUGACACACUUGCUUCGACAUUCAGCUCGAGCCUUGUCAAGAUCAGACGUACCACAUGAACAUGAAAAUGCCAGGCCCCAUUCAAGCUUGUUUGAAGAGUCCUCGUCCCAGCAAAGAGACAAAGAAGACUUUCCGAUGAUAAGCGAGUGCGCUAUUCACCUUGAGCUGUUGGAAGCGUUUCAAAGUCUUCGUGGUCGGGUUACUACCUCGAAGAAGCUGACAAAAGUCCUGGGUAGAAUGAUUGGUUGCAGCAGGUACUCAAUCCUUCAUGGAAGAAUAGAUGCCUCGCAGAUAUGGCAUCAAUUUCUGUCGCUCGCAGUCACUAGAUUUCAACAUUGGAUACAAGCGGUGGAUCAUCGAUUGGAAGUGAAGCACACAGAGGAAAAGGACGAACCUUGCCUUUUACCUCCGCUUGACAUACUAAUGGUAUGGCAUGCCUUUCUGCUCAACCCAUACGACUUUGCCCGGUUCUGCAGUACCAAUCAUUUAAGCCACAUUCGAGCCAUUUCUUUUCCCUGGAAGGCUAUACAUCAAGCUCUGUCGCAAGAUACCUGGAGCUACACCCUCCCCAGCAGCGCUGCGACCUGGCUGCGCAACGGACUGAGCAUUGCACCCGAUCUAAUCACUGCGCUUCAAGGCAAUGAAAUCACAAAUGCAAGCGCAGCUACCACAAUUACCCCACCAGAGCACAGUCCUCUAAUUGACAAUGUCCUCCGACAAGCCGUCUUCAUCGACAAGAUGCAUGACUUCCUCUGGAUCCGUAGUCCCGCGCUCCAAGGCACCCUUGCUCGGGCACUUACCCGCUAUGAGCGAUUCAUCAACUUAUUCCGUCUACAGCCAGGAACGAUACUUGUUCCGACCCUGGACGUGGACCUGGUCUGGCACACGCAUCUGUGUAGUGCGACAACGUAUGAAGAGUCCAUGCUAGAGCGCACAGGGCGUUAUAUCAACCAUGACGACAAGUUGGAAGAGGGCGUUCUCAGUGAUGGGUUUGAUACGACCGGACGUCUGUACGAGGCUGCGACAGGGGAGUCGUACGGGGGUUGCUUCUGUUGGAACUGUGAGGCCAUGCGCUCAGCUAAGGAGGAGGCCGGUGGGGAAAUCGAUGCGGACCUGCGAAGGAAGAUCGAAUUAGAGGUGGAUUGCUACUGGCAAGCAGAAAUUCGUAGACGCAAAUAGAUACGCCUAGGAAAUUGGGACUUGAGUGUGUGUCAAAAGUACUCCAGAGCCUUAUCCACAGGUGAAACGCUGGAUGGUCAGUCAUAUCUUUGCGCGAAACCCCCUACGAACAGGUGGCUUAGAUUUGAUCAUGUUCAAGAUGACAGCAGAAAAUCUGGAUCGAAG